AUGGACGUCGUUCCUCAUGCCCAUGAUGUCCAGGUGUCUUUGGAUGUGGUUGGGACUGGCUCCGACGGAACCGAGUCGUCUGUCGUGUUUAGCAUCAAGAAGCACGGCGUGUACAGUGACGAUGAGACUGUGGUGAAGCGGUAUAUGUUUAACUGCGGGGAGGGCACCCAGCGGCUGUGCAACGAGAACGGAUUGAAGCUGGGGUCGCUCACGUCCAUGUUCCUCACCCGACUCGAUCCACUGACGUGCAGUGGUAUUCCUGGGAUGAUCUUGGCGUUGGGUGGAUGUGGCACGCCAGACCUGAGCAUCGCCGGUCCAGGUGGCACACAUGCAUUUGUGACGUCAACCAAAAGUUUUGCUCGGCGAAACUACCCGGUUAUUACGUGCACAGAGGUCGACGUGAAAGCUCAGUCUCUCACUUCCUCACACAUCAACCACGCAACGGUCAACACCAACGACCCUAUCGUCGAGGACCGCCACGUGCGCAUUACCCCAUUGUCAAUGCGGCAAAAUCAAAGCGCGGCACGCCAUCCUGCGUCAUGUCGGCAGUGCCUUGGCGUUGCCAACCAACCAACAAACACCGAUCGAAGUUCUGCUCCAACCGUUGUGUCACGACCAGUAGUCGCCCAAGACCAACCGAUGCUGGAAUGGCUCAAGGCGUUCUACGAGGCAAAAGAUCCGUCCAAAGUGCCAUACGUCCAAGUAAUCCUCAACAAGUACCAAGGGCGACAGGACGACCUCAAGCGCAUGCUCGUCACCAAAUAUGGGCCAUUGGCGCCAGAGAGCAGCUCUGACGACUCCAGCGAAGAUGACGAGGAUGUUGAACCGCCCAGAGUAAACGAGGACAGCACCAGCAGCUCGAAGAACAGCACACCCAACGUCAACGUGCACUCAAAAGACGACAGCGACACGCCGCACACCAAAGAGGCGUCAACACCCACCUCGUCACCGUCCAGACACGCCACCGACGAACAACGUGCCAACGAUCUCGCUUCAUCGUCUUCGAGUGACGAAGAGAGCGAAGGUUUCGAGACCUGGCUGAGGCAUUUUUACACUCGUCACAACCCGAGUAUGGUACCACGUCUGCAGUCAGUCCUGCAUAUGUACGCCGGUCGCGAAGACCAACUCAAAGCCAUGCUUCAACAGAAAUACGUGUCAGCAAAGCGGCCACUUGACGACGACGAAGCUUCCACCACCACUGUCAGAGGAGAUGGCCCCGACACAAAAAAGACGAAGUCGGACCGGAUCGACUGCAUGACCGACGUUUACGUGACACCGCCGGCAGCGCCUCGACCGUCCACCAUUCAGCACGAUCAAAUCCUUUGCUAUAUUCUUGAGUUCAAAGGCUCGCCAAACACCAUCGCAUGGGUCGUCGAUAUCCCCGACGAAUCGUGGCUCUCGCACGUCACAUCGCUGCUGUCGAGCUGCCCAGCCCAUCGUCCUGCCCUCGUCGUUCACAUGACGCCCUCCUCCCUGGCCACGCAACCGACUUACGUCUCGUGGGUGAAAGACCACACGUCCUCAGCCACACGACACCUCGUCUUCGAUGGCCAGCUGCUCGACGAGUUCGACCACGGCGCGUGUGGCUUCACCUUCGUGGCAUCAGCUCACCUGCGCUUGCAGUUGCACGCGGCAUCUUCGUCCUUGUUUCCCUUGUCCCGACCGUUCCACGCGCUUGCCACGUCUACGUCAGCCCACCACUCUCGCCUUGUCAUUCGUGCUGGCGAUGGGACUUCGUUCCACGUGGCGCAGCCAGGGCUAAUGUGCCAACUCACCGUCGCCAAAGCGAGGCAAAAGGUCGGGUUCCACCAUCGACAACCACCUUCCUCGCACUCGGUACCGCCACAGCCAUUUGAACCGCCAAAUGACCACAGCUAUGCACCCAAGUUGACGUUCCUUGGGACGGGCUCCGCCGCACCGUCCAAGCUACGAAACAGCAGCGCGAUCUACUUGGAGGAAACCGCAUCAACAGGGAUGUUGAUUGACUGCGGCGAAGGCACGUUUGGCCAGCUCUGGCGGCAGUUUGGCCCGUCGACGCCGUCCCGACUGUGUUCGCUAAAAUGCAUUUGGGUGUCACACAAACACGCCGACCACCACUGCGGCCUCCUUCGUGUAUUGCUCGAGCGCCAUCGCGCGUUCGCUCACUCACGCAUGCCAGUCGCGCCAAUCGUCAUAAUCGCCCCCGAUGCCGUGCUGGCGUACGUGGCACGCUGGCAGGCCGCGUGGCUGACAGGCGUUUCCAUGGUCUCGUGUACCGACUUCAACCAUCCCCAACACGCGCUCCGGCCCAUGGUCCUCCACCUCACGGGGUUCCUCAACAUGUGGAGUGUACCGGUGCACCAUUGCCACGACUCGUACGGGUUAGUGCUCGUCACUCGCGCCGGUAUGAAGUUGGUGUAUUCGGGUGAUACGAGGCCAUGCGACCGCCUCAUCCAUGAAGGGUUCCGUCCCCACGUCUUGAUCCACGAAGCCACAUUUGAAGACUCCAUGCACGACGAUGCCAUCAGGAAGAAACACAGCACCGUCGGGGAAGCUUUGAACGUCGGUCGCCGAAUGCAAGCGCACUUGGUUUUGCUCACCCACUUCAGCCAACGGUAUCCCAAACUGCCUCCUCGCCAAGCCACAGGCGGCGAAGGGUCGUGUGGGUUUGCAUUUGACGGGAUGCAAGUAAUCCUGGACGCCCCGGACCCCGAUCCAUACCACCCGCAGUACUUGCAACCAUCUUUGCCACCACCUGGAAGCGUUCACUCGAGGGACUCGAUCGAAGUCACACUUGCGAGCUUCAUGUCGGCUGUGCGAAACGAAGCCACGGCAGCCAUAGCGUCCCCCCCGUCUCCAUAACGUUGCCAAGUUGCUCGGUAGCUCCUUACGUCGUUGGAUGUGGAUCGGGCACAUCUCUGCGCCUAACUGUCGUCGUCAUCUUUCGUGGAUAUCCAC